UGCCUGCCACUGUUACUGUAUAUCGUGCACGCGAGAAAGAGAGAGAGAAAGAGAGCUAUAUAGUCUCUGCGCCAGAGCUCUGCUGCACUCUACAGUCCGAAUGCGAGAUACCCGAACCCCAUCAUCCAAAGUCCAUGUCAGCUAGAGCGAACCUCGAGUCGUUGAGUCGUUUGGACGUUGACUCGCAUUCGCUGCACGCAGUCCACAUUUUGUCAAGUACUUGUUGACCUUACACUUGUCUUCGUACGCGAGACCAGUUCGAUCACAACCUCGGCCGAUAGACUCAAAUCCGCGCACUUGCGGUAAUUGGACCCUGGGCCGUCUGGUGAAGCGCAACUCGCGCUACGCCAAGCCUUGGCGCGGCAUGCCUGCAGCCUAGCAUGGAUAUUGGACAGUCGAGUUUUCUUCAGUCCGGCUUCCACAGCGUACUUAUCUUUUCUCGCCGAACGAGACUUUAAGUUCAUUGCAGUGUCUCAUGAUUUGCUCAUGUGUUUCUAAGUGAUAUAUUGAUGCUGGGAAUUGAGAACACCAUACAAUUUUUUCUUGCGAACCUUGGUAGUGUACAAUAAGUAUUAUGGCAGAAGAAAACAGUGAAAUCAAAUCAGCAGGGACGUCUUCACCCAGAAGUGCUCACAGCAAUGCCGAUGGAAAAACGACCAAUUCUAACUCAUCUAGAAUCAAACUGACAGAACAACAAUUGGAAAGCUUCUCUAAGGAAGAAUUGAUGGCAAAAUGGCAGGAGCAGGAUUUAUAUGUGGACUCCUUAGAAUCACAGAAUUCUUCAUUGGAAGGUGAUAUAAACUCCCUGAGAGAGUCCAAUGAAAAGUAUAAGCAACAGUAUGCAGAAGCCUCGCAUAGGGAAAAAGUUUUAGUGAGAAGGCUUACUUCUAAAGAACAAGAAGUUCAAGAAUACGUGAAUCAAAUUGCUGAAAUCAAAGCUUCACAAGCACCAUCUUCUACUACUUUAAGAUCAACACUCUUAGACCCAGCUGUAAAUAUACUUAUACAAAAACUACGUCAAGAAUUAAUUAGCACUAAAGCUAAACUUGAAGAUACCCAAAAUGAAUUAAGUGCUUGGAAAUUCACCCCAGAUAGUAAUACUGGUAAGAGAUUGAUGGCAAAAUGCAGAUUGCUUUAUCAAGAAAAUGAAGACUUAGGACGAAUGAUAUCCAGCGGUAGAAUAGCUAAACUAGAAAGUGAACUUGCAUUACAGAAAAGUUUUGGAGAGGAAGUUAAAAAAUCUCAAUCUGAACUUGAUGAGUUCAUUCAAGAUCUUGAUGAAGAUGUAGAAGGCAUGCAAAGCACAAUAUACUUUUUACAACAAGAGUUGCGGAAAGCUAAAGAAUCUGUAACUUUACUUCAACAAGAAAAUAAUUCGUUGAAAACAUCAAGUAGUGAGAAUAAUUUAACAAAUGGUUUAUCACCACACACUCCACCUAUAAAGAAAGACGAAUCAGAAGAGAAUGUACACGCAGAAAAUAUGCUAGCAAAACCUGAAGAUAGUGAUAGAUACAAAGGUGCAAGGACUCCACCUUUACCUGUAGACAAUUCUUGUCAAAGUGACCGUGCAAGUGUUGAUAAUAAUGACCAAACAGGACAUGAAAUUCAUCAAACAGAACUUAAUGAUGAAAGUUCCAGUGAUUCUGCAGCUUUGAUCAUUAAAAUAGAAAAUGAAUUAUUGAGUGAUCGUGAAGAUGAAGAUGAAGCAAGGAGCAUUAAAAAGAAAGUAAGAACUAAAACUAAUAAUAAAAGCAGUGGCAAGACAAAUGGGGAAGAAGUGAAUUCAAGGACAAGGGGAAGGGAUAGGGCUAAAAGGGAUUUAAGUGCACCAAAUAGUGAUGAAGAAAAACAUGUAAAGAAAAAACGCAAAGAAAAUCUCUUAUCAUCCAUGGAUUAUAAUGAUGAAGAAGAUUCUCUAGUUCUUACUAACGGCGAAAUGUUACAAAGUGAUCCUGAGUGAAAUUAAAUUUUGUUUAUGUGGCAAGUAAUGUUUAUGACAUUUGAAUAAAUAUUAUCAAUGGAAGAAUUCAUGAAAUGUGUACAUUUACAAAAAUAGUGAAUUUGUGAAUUCAAAAUUAUCUAUUUAUAAAUUUUUCUUACAGAUUUCCUAUCAAGUUGACUUGUUUAUAGUAUUUUUUGAUGUCAAUAAUCAUGCUUGACCUAUAGAUUAUGUAAUCUACUAUUGUUCGGUAAAAUAAUAUUCAUAAUCGUAAUCUGUAUAAAUAUACAUAAUAAUAAUAAUUAUUUAUUAAUGUUAAAUUAAGUGUGAGACAUAAAUAUUUGCUCCGAAAAUCGGUUUGAAAUUAUUUAAUUUAUUUUCGUGUAAUAUAAAAUUGGAGCUAAAACAAAUUAUGAACCUGAACAAAUGUAACAAACCAUAUUAUUCUUUAAUGUGGUUCAAGAAAAAAUACCACAGACGAUGUAUUAAUUAUUGAAACUGUGACACUUCAAAAGAACAAUUCAAUCUUGUAAUAAUUUUUUCACAUUUAAAAACUGUAUAAAGAGUUUAUGAAGUUGUCAUAUUAAAGAAAACUUAAUGUACAA